AUAUAAACUGGUGGUUAAAUACCAUUGAUCAUUCAGUGCAUAGGAUUAGGGAUGAAAAUUAUGUCUUAGAAAUAUAUACUGACGCCUCAACUACGGGAUGGGGCGCAGCGUGCAACGGGGAAACAGCAUGUGGUCGAUGAUAUAUGGCAAUGGUGUGAAGCCAAGAAAAUUCAUAUUUUUGCUUCGUAUAUUAAGUCAAAAGAUAACGUCUUAGCCGAUAGAGAGUCAAGGCGUACUCAUCCUGAUAUAGAAUGGGAGUUAUCUUGCACAGGUUUUCAAAAAAUUAAAGACAUAUUUCCUUUACCACAAAUCGAUUUAUUUGCAACACGUCUAAAUAAAAAAUGUAAUACCUACGUUUCAUGGCAUAGAGACCCACAUGCUCAUUCUAUAGAUGCGUUUACUAUAGAUUGGUCAAAAUAUUUUUUCUAUGCUUUCCCACCAAUAGCUAUGAUUCUUAAAGUUUUAAGAAAAAUUAUAUCAGAUCAGGCUGAAGGUAUUGUGGUUGUGCCAGACUGGCCAACACAGCCAUGGUAUCCCCUUUUUAUGCGUUUAGUUUUAUCCGAUCCUAUCAGAUUAAAUUCUGAUGACGUCAUUAUACCCUGUUCCAGGAACCUUCAAACCAACAUUACCCUGGUUGCCGCAAUAUUGUCCGGACCGCGUUGUUACAACAAUGUGUCCCUGUCUCAGCUGUAGACAUCACAAUGGCGUCACUUUCGGAAAAUACAUUAAAACAAUACGAGGUUUGUUUUAAACGGUGGUUUACCUUUUGUAAAGAAAAUAAUGUUAACAUGUUUGAGACAUCCAUACCAAUUAUUUUAGAAUUUCUUACAAAUCUUUUUCACUCUGGUGCUCAAUACGGCACAAUAAAUAGCCAUAGGUCUGCUCUUUCAUUAAUUUUUGGAAAUAUUUCCGAUGAUGAAAGAAUUAUUCGUUUUUGUAAAGGGGUAUAUAAAUUAAGACCUCCUUUACCUAAAUAUAAUGUUACAUGGGAUGCCAGCAUUGUUCUAAAUCAUUUAGCAACUAUGUUCCCAAACGAAAACUUAACUCUUGAGGCACUUUCAAAAAAGUGCAUCACUUUACUUGCCCUGGUAACAGCUCAUAGAGUGCAAACGUUGUCUAAAAUAAAGAUCGAUCAAAUAGUUUAUCAAAAUAGUAAAAUAAUUAUAAAAAUUACUGAUUUCAUUAAAACUUCUAAGGCCGGUACUAAACAACCGAUUUUACAUUUACCCUUCUUUAAUGAUAGACCCGAGAUCUGCCCCGCUAAAACCCUUGAUAUUUAUAUAAACAAAACUAAGAGUAUACGAAAAACUGAUCAUCUGUUUAUUGGAUUUCGUAAACCAUAUAAUUGUGUCACAACCCAAACUCUUAGCCGAUGGAUAAAGUCUACUUUGAAAGACAGUGGAAUUGACGUCUCUAUAUUUUCUUCGCAUAGCACCCGCCAUGCGGCCACUUCUAUGGCCCAUAAACUAGGAGUAAACCUAGACAUAAUACGACAAACUGCGGGUUGGAGCGGCAACUCCACUGCCUUUGCGCAAUUUUAUAAUCGGCCUGUAAUUAACAGUGAUGAUGAUUUGUUGUUAGCAAGAACAAUAUGUUCACUUUAACUGUACAAUAUGUUCACUUUAAUUGGUUUAAGUUGAUUUUUAUGUUUGAAUUAGAAAAUGAUUAUGUACCUAACUACAUUAUUAUCAAAAUAAAGGUUGAUAUUAUCAAAACGCUUUUAUUUUUCUCGAUAUUUCCUAUUACUUCUCUCAACAUCUACAUGUGUUAUAUACAAUAUAAAUAUCUACUAACCUUACUAAUCUUGAAGACAAAGCGCGAAUAUAAUUAAUGAUUAAACGAACUUACCUGUACGUGAAGUUCAAUCAUAAUUAUAUGAAGCGCUUUGUCUGAAAAGAUUAGUAACACCCACCCACCCUGAAUUGCCCUAGGAAAUAGGAAAUAUCUCAGGUCUCUAGACUCUAAACU